GCGAGUGAUACCGUUUUCUUCCUCCGCCUGUCCCUAGCACUGGGUACACGCGUUACGCGACUAUUUUCCUCUUGUUCCCUUUUCUCACACCCUGUAUUUUUCUCUCUCCUUCUCCUCGUCCUGCUUCCCUCUCUCUCUCUCUCUCUUUCCAUUCGAGCCUUGAUCCCAGCUUGGACUAGUUUUACAUACCAUUCAAAUCGUGGGUGUGAACUCGCGCUAUCUUUGUUUUUUUUCGACUUUUUACAUCCUUAUCAAUGAAGAUGUAUCAAAUAUCGAUGGAUAACACUAUCGUUAUGGUUUAGUAGUCUAGAAAUUAUUCAAACUGAAGCAUGUGGUGUGGGCGUACUAAUUAGACAUGUAACAAUGUAACACAUGCUUGCAUUGUGGAUAGACUGCUGUGCUGCUUACUUUCUUCGAAUGGCAUCAGGAAAACUGUUUAUCACUAUUGGCAUUGCAGUGUUAUUGUUAUGAUUAUCAUAACUUUUAAUGAAAAUUAAAUGCAGUGUGCCAUUUUGAUCAUCCAACAUUUUCGUUAUUGGGAUUGGCUCCAUGAUUUAGCUUAAAUCAUCCCACCAUCCAGAGCCUUGUGGAAUUCGUCAGAGUCAUUCAAGCUAAUAGCCGAGCUGGAGAAUCGACGGCACAACGUUUCCCUACACUACUUAAGCAUCGCAAUUUUUUCUUUGAAUUGACAGAUGCCAAAUGACCUAUUUUAUAGGGGAGCUAAUGCUUUCAGCACUAAAUGAGCCCUUUGACGUUAAAGUUUUUGAAUGGCAAGUCAUUAAAAAUAUAAUGUAUACGUACAAGUUAGAGGCACUGAUUAUGUGUUUGUGCUCGUUACAUAUUUUUCAACUGAUGACGUGAUCCUGUAAAACCAGUGCAAUCAAUUUUUUAUAAGUGUUGUCUCGUGACAAUAUAUUUCAAAUAGGAGACUUUGGAAGAACUUUAGAUGAGAAAUAAUUUCAGUAGUGCUGGAAUUUUUACAUAACAAUACAAUCGUCAUGGAUACAUUUCUCAUUAUUGGAAUUUGCGUUCUGUGCUACGAAGUAUGUGACAUGUUUAGACGGUACUCAGCGACGCCGGCAAUGGAAUCACGAAAAUUUGAAUCUUCGCCAUCAGCAUCGCCUCCAUCCUCGACCAUACCACCACGAAAAGUCUACUCGAUCUCAUAAAGUUUUACCACAAAUCACAAGAGGACAUUUAAACUACAAUAAAAAUAUACUUUGGCUGCUUUGGUCUUCAGCAGCAUUGUACCUUCGUUGCCUGGAUGCUCCAAAUUAUGUGAAAAUUUCAUGUCAAUGGGAUGAAUAAGGGACGUUCAUACUAUGGUAAAGUACCAACGCUGGAACAUUGCAGAUCCUCCUGUUCAUGGUGACUUGGUCCUGCCUAGGUAUUAGUCGAUGCUGAUGAAUACCUCUUACGUGACCAAAUCCUCCUUAAUAGAUCAGCUCAAAGGAUUGUGGGUCUUUUGGUUUCAUCACCAUCCACGAAAUUUGUCAUUGCUUGUGUUAGAUAAGUAUUACUUUCGGCAAAUGAGAAUGUGGUCGACUGAUCUUGUUUAAUGCAUUAUCUAAAAAUUGAUGAUGUUGAUUGUUCGAAGAUCCUCUAUGUGCCGUGAAAGUGACUAUUUAUAGUGAAUUAUCGAUGAUCCGCGUUGAAGAAAUAUAUUUAUGCCGUAUUAAUUAUUUUUGUGUGAUUCGUCUUUAAAGUUUAUAUCCCGACUACAUUGUCUCAAAGGCUUCAGAACCUACGCCUCAUUUUUGAAUACUUUAUUCGACUCUAAAAUCAUACUUGACUUGAUAAACUUUCAAAUAAUACUGUUAAGAAGUGUAUGCAUGAUACAUAGACGCAGAGACACGGUAAAAGAAAAUAAUGCCUCUACGACAGCUUAAUAUGGGUGGACUAAGACUUUUUUUGGUUUAGUUGUUAAUUGACUAAGCAUAUUGUUCCAUCAAGUUGGUCGCUGGUAGAUAUACUAAAAAAGCUCGGGAUACAUAGAGAUAAAGAUACAAAAAAAAAAUUUCAAAGAGUUAAUAUAUAUCAAACGAGAGCCAAGAGACAUGGACUCGCUGGAGCGGCUAAUGAGAACGGUACCUCAUCAGCCGGCUCUCACGGCAUCCUCGCGAUCGCCAAACUCUUUCGUACAGGCCAGCCUCUGCUCGGUGAUCGGCCGCAAAGGCCGUCAUCUUACAGGCACAUUUUGCCUAAAGGGAGAUACGAUGGAGGGCAUCAUACAGUGCCUCGUCUUCCUCAAAGCCUUCUCGCUCGUGGGUGGUGAAUUCGAUAUGGAACUGAACUUUGUGAUUCAGGACGCGCAGAACAUCAGGCACAUGCUGGAGCUCCUCGAUCACUGUCCUCCAAAUUUACAGGCCGAAAUCUGGAGUGUCUUCAUCGCCAUCUUGAGAAAGAGCGUCAGAAACUUGCAAGCAUGUACGGACGUAAAUCUCAUUGAGCACGUGCUGCACCGGUUAACGCGGGCAGAAACCGUCGUUGCAGAUUUACUGAUCGACAUGCUUGGUGUGCUGGCAAGCUACAGCAUAACAGUGAAAGAGCUGAAGCUUUUGUUCGGAGCGAUGAAGGCAGACAAAGGGAAAUGGCCCCGGCAUUCGGCGAAGCUUUUGAAUGUUUUGCGGCAAAUGCCACAGCGGAAUGGACCCGACGUCUUUUUCAGUUUUCCCGGACGAAAGGGAUCGGCAAUCGUCCUGCCACCAUUAGCGAAAUGGCCACACGAGAGCGGCUUCACGUUCACAACGUGGUUCAGGCUGGACCCCAUCAACUCCGUUAAUAUCGAGCGCGAGAAGCCGUACCUGUACUGUUUUAAAACCAGCAAAGGUGUGGGAUACUCGGCGCAUUUCGUGGGUAAUUGUUUGGUUCUUACGUCGAUGAAAGUCAAGGGCAAGGGCUUCCAGCACUGUGUCAAAUACGAGUUUCAGCCACGAAAGUGGUAUAUGAUUGCGGUUGUGUACAUAUACAAUAGGUGGACAAAAAGCGAAAUCAAAUGUCUGGUCAAUGGCCAACUAGCCUCGAGUACCGAAAUGGCCUGGUUUGUCUCGACAAACGAGCCGUUCGACAAAUGUUAUAUUGGUGCCACACCGGAACUCGACGAGGAGCGCGUCUUCUGCGGACAGAUGAGCGCGAUUUACCUUUUCAGUGAGGCACUGACCACGCAACAAAUUUGCGCGAUGCAUCGAUUAGGUCCUGGAUACAAGAGUCAGUUCCGGUUUGACAACGAGUGUUACCUAAAUCUGCCUGACAAUCAAAAAAGGGUGAGUGAUGAGCUGGAGUUCGCAAGCAUGAUGGACCAAAGUUUGAUGAAUGUGCUCUACGAUGGAAAGCUAUCCACGGCAAUUAUGUUCAUGUACAAUCCGGUAGCCACGGACUCGCAGCUGUGCCUGCAGAGCGCGCCCAAGGGAAACGUUUCUUACUUUGUACAUACGCCACACGCCCUCAUGCUGCAGGAUGUCAAAGCUGUGAUCACGCACUCGAUUCAAAGUACGCUGAACUCCAUCGGCGGGAUCCAAGUUUUGUUUCCUCUGUUCUCGCAGUUGGACAUGCCUUAUGACUGUAUAGCGCCCAACGAUAUCAAGCGAGACCCGGCGCUAUGUUCGAAACUGCUGGGAUUCAUAUGCGAUCUGGUCGAGAGUUCGCAAACAGUCCAGCAGCACAUGGUGCAAAACAGGGGCUUUCUCGUGAUUAGCUACAUGCUCAUGAGGGCGAGCCGGGAUCAUCUCACGACGGAGGUGCUCGCCUCCUUUUUGGAGCUCACGAAACAUCUAGUUACGUGCCUCAGCGCUAACAGUGACCUUCUGCUGAAACAGCUGCUCGACAACAUCCUCUUCAAUCCGGCCCUCUGGAUUUACACGCCAGCACCCGUCCAGACGCACCUCUACUCUUACUUGGCGACCGACUUUCUCAAGGAUACGCAAAUCUACUCCAACGUCAGGCGGGUCUCCACCGUCUUACAGACCGUCCACACGCUCAAGUAUUACUACUGGGUUGCGAACCCACGUAGUAAGAGCGGCAUCACUCCCAAAGGGCUAGAUGGGCCAAGACCACCACAGAAAGACAUCCUGACGAUACGGUCGUACAUCUUACUGUUCUUGAAGCAGAUUAUCAUGGUUGGGAAUGGCGUCAAGGACGACGAACUUCAAAGCAUCUUAAACUACCUGACGACGAUGCACGAGGAUGAAAACUUACACGAUGUUCUGCAAAUGCUGAUAUCCUUGAUGUCGGAACACCCGUCGUCCAUGGUGCCGGCUUUCGACGUCAAACAAGGUGUCAGGACGAUAUUCAAGCUUUUGGCAGCCGAAAGUCAACUGAUCAGGCUGCAGGCACUGAAGUUACUUGGCUUCUUCCUUAGCCGUAGCACACACAAAAGAAAGUACGAUGUGAUGAGUCCUCACAACUUGUACACGUUACUCGCCGAGAGAUUACUUUUGAAUGAGGAGACCCUUACUUUAUCCACUUACAAUGUUUUAUACGAGAUAAUGACCGAACACAUUAGCCAACAAAUUCUUUACACGAGACACCCGGAACCCGAAUCCCAUUACAGAUUAGAGAACCCAAUGAUCCUGAAAGUCGUCGCGACGCUGAUCCGACAGUCGAAACAGACGGAACAGCUACUCGACGUGAAGAAACUUUUUCUUUCGGACAUGACUCUUCUCUGUAACCACAAUCGUGAAAAUCGCCGAACGGUCCUACAGAUGUCUGUAUGGCAGGAGUGGUUGAUAGCUAUGGCUUACAUUCAUCCAAAGAACACGGAAGAGCAGAAAAUCUCGGAGAUGGUGUACUCCCUCUUUCGCAUGUUGCUGCAUCAUGCGAUUAAACACGAGUACGGAGGCUGGAGAGUGUGGGUCGACACUCUCGCCAUUGUACAUUCUAAAGUAUCCUACGAGGAGUUUAAGUUACAGUUUGCUCAAAUGUACGAACACUAUGAGAGGCAACGGUCGGAUAACAUCACCGAUCCUGAAGUCAGACAGCAGAGGCCAAUCAGUACAAUAUCCGGAUGGGAUCAGCAGCAUUCGGGCAACAAUGGCUACAACCGGUCUGACCAGUGGGUAAAUGAUCAGUCACGAGAAUUGCAGCACAUGGAUGGGAACUACAAGGAGUACGACGCGAUCGAAGCCAAUGAUCGUCUAGACGAAUCGUGCAGCUGCGAUCUGAACUCGAUAGACAAUACAGAGAGCGAAGGUGGCAGCCCAGCGAUAAUUGCUUCGAGAAACGAGGCCACCAAUGGUACUGACAGCCGGCCGCAGUCGUGCGAAGCCGUAUCGCCAGUGUCCCGGCUUAGUGACAAGCCAGAACUGAUGGUCCCGCCCGCUUCGCAGCACACGGAAACGUCGAUGACCCUCGAGGAAGUGAACAGCGAGCUGUCGACGCACGAAACGAGCGAGGUCGUGUCAAUAGAGAGCUCAAGUGAGUUUCUCAGUGACGCGCCGAAGCUCGAAGUCAGCUCGAGUCCCGACUCGAUGGUACACGAAACCACGAAGAGGGACGAAGAAACAGAAGAGCCCGGAAACGGGGACAAAAGCAACGAGGAUUCCCUGACGACUAUCAGGGAGAGCGAGGAGUCGAUGCAGUCUGCGCCGUCUACCGAACCACCAACGGAAGAAGAAACCAACAAGCCGGAUAUGGAGACGAGUGAAGAUAACAUGGAUCUUGUCGAAGCUGACGGGACAUCUUCACCCUCGUCACCGGCCAAGGAAAUGACGAACGGAUACUCCGAUAAGUCGGAGGCCAGUGAAGCUGAUGCAGCCGCAGUUGAAGUUUCUUCCAAGGGAAAACGUGCUGUUUUGGAAGAGAACGAAAAAACUGUUGUCGCGACGAACACCGUAGUCAAUACUGAUAUGAAAACCGUACAACAAGCAAACGACUCGUCCGAGAAAACUGAUAGCAUAGAAGAUGGAGUUGAGAGAAGAAAUUCAAUUAGUAAAGAAAAAAAGGAAGAAAACAGUUGCGAAGUUGCGGAAGAGUAUGAUGAAGAUUCGAAAGAACACGUUGCUGAUGAGAAUCUCGACAAAGAGACCGUAAACGUUGAAAAAGAGUCCGAAGAGUUCCCAGAACCACCUCAUGAACUGAUAACAGACGCCAUAGUCAAUGAAAAGAAGCCAAUUUAUAAGGAAGAGGAAGGAGAAACGAGGAUUUGUGAUGUUUUGACAGAGCCCACUGAAAAUAUCGAAAUAGUCGCACACGCAGUGGACCAAGAGGAAGUCGAAACUAAAAACGAAGUUGAAAAAAUUGUACACACUACCGCUGUAGCAAGUUGUCCAAUAGUAAAUGGUGAAUACACGAGUGAGGAUAACGAAUCGAAAGAUGACAUUGUGAAUGGCAACGAGGGAGUUUUGGAGAAAGAAGAAGAAGAAGAAUUCGAUGAGAGCACGUCCAAGCGCAACGCAAAGGAGCCGUCCAUAGUUUCUACUAACUUAAAUGAUAAGCAGGAGAAGGAAGAGGAAGAAAAAGUUAUCUCAGUUUUACCCGAGUUAAGUGAUAUUCCAUCCGUUGUAACUACAGAUGACGACGCCGCUAAUAACUCAACAAUUUGCGCGAACCCUAACGACGUUUGCAUGAACGGCGAGGAGGAGGCUGCACAGUCCAGCGACCCAACUGUAGAUAGCGUGACGCAAGUGCCAAAUGCCAAAGAGCAAAUCCCUACGAUAUCGACAGUCUGCGAAGCCGCGGACGCUGCGGCAGCCUCUGCCGCUGCUGCUGCCAAUGAAGCUAAAAUCGUGAAUGUCGAUACGAUGCCGCUAGACUACGAAGAUAUCGAGGACAGCAGCAGCGAAGCGCCCAGGCGCAGGUCUAGUCUGCCGACGAAUGUGUCCGAGAGCGCGGUGGAUGCCGAUGGGAACGAGAGUGACAGUGCCUCGACCUCGGCGAGGAAACAGUCUUCGCCUCAGAAACGACCAAGGAGUGCCUCUACUUCGACACAAGUCGAAUCUAAUAAUUUUGAAUCUAAAAGCCGAACGAAACAAACGAAUCCCUCCACAAGACCAAUGUUUAGUCCAGGACCUUCAAGGCCACCUUUUAGAAUACCAGAAUUCAAAUGGUCAUACAUUCAUCAAAGACUAUUGUCUGAUGUAUUAUUUUCAUUGGAAACAGACAUUCAAGUUUGGCGAAGCCAUUCCACUAAAUCAGUACUGGACUUUGUUAACAGUAGUGAUAAUGCGAUAUUUGUUGUUAAUACUGUACACUUGAUCUCGCAAUUAGCCGAUAAUUUAAUUAUUGCUUGCGGUGGUCUUUUACCUCUGCUUGCCUCUGCCACAUCGCCAAAUAGCGAAAUGGACGUGAUUGAACCUACUCAAGGAAUGCCAAUUGACGUGGCGGUUUCGUUUCUCCAAAGGCUUGUUAAUAUGGCAGAUGUACUUAUUUUUGCUAGCUCCUUGAACUUUGGAGAAUUGGAAGCUGAGAAAAAUAUGUCUAGUGGUGGAAUACUGCGACAAUGCUUACGAUUGGUCUGUACAUGUGCUGUUAGAAACUGCUUAGAGUGUAAAGAACGCGGCAGAACGUACAGCAUGUUAGGUCGACAGAUUGGUUCUAGUAAUAAAGCACAGCACAUACACUCUCUAAUGCGUGCAGCCCAAACAUCACCAAAGAAUGUCGUAGAUAAUUUGGCAAAUCAGCUUAGUUCAGUCAAAGAUCCAGAAAAGCUUCUACAAGAUAUGGAUAUAAACAGGCUACGCGCUGUUAUUUACAGAGAUGUUGAGGAAACCAAACAGGCACAGUUUCUGUCUCUGGCUAUAGUUUACUUCAUCUCUGUACUAAUGGUAUCAAAGUACCGAGACAUCCUCGAGCCUCCAGUUUCGCAACGGCCGCCCAGUCCCGUCCCAAUUCAGACGAAUGGGUCCAGUUUGAGGCCCGGUAGUCCGUCAGCAGAGGGUAAUGGAAUCAACGGGGGAGGAAGAGGAAGUGGGGGUGGGCGGCCUCUGUUUCCGCAAUGGUCGCACCACGUGUACCCUCAGUUCUUACCGGGAACUCAUCCCGCCGCAAAUGUUAACUCGAACAACCAGCACCACGUGAGCCAGCAUCACCACCACCACCAACAACAACAAAUUGAGCACCACCACCAUCACACUGCUGCUGGCUAUUAUAUACCCAAUCAUUAUAGUAAUCACCACAACUAUCACCCAAACAAUUACAAUUAUCAUCGCCAUCAUCAUUAUCACCAUCACAAUAACAACAACCUUCAUCAUCAUGCGAUACCGAAGCAUAUAGAUCAGCCCCGCAAUAUCUAUCAUAGAAACUCCAGUUACGCUUUCCAAGAAAGUGGAGGAGUUAUAAGCCAGUCUGAGUCGCAAGACGAUGGAGAAUAUGAAGUUAUAAUUGUUGAUGAAAACAAUUCAUCCAUUUUAGCUGAUCACGAUAUCCAAUCUUCUGGCCCACCGUCUACAAGGGGUGGACACGGUAACGUACGUCGCUCAAGGACAAUUUUCGAGGAUAACAACUCAACGAAAACAACUAAUUCCUCUACUACCAAAGGUGAAACACUGCCACAUAAUGCUCAGAGCAACGACUCGAGCGAGGAGACGACGCACCACAACAACGCCAUCGGCGAACCAGCCAGUCCAUCCGAGCUGACGACCGACAACGAGAACAAGCUCAACUCGUCGGAGGAGGCAUGGACGGACGUGAAUCUGAACGAGGACGGCGACGCAAUGACGGCGAAUCUGCGCGACGAUCCACGCAACAUCCACAACAUGGCGGCGCAUUCCCACCCGGUUGAGCUGACCGCAGACAGCGAGGGCAACGUCCUCGAGCCUGACAUGAUGAACAGCAACAGCGGCGGUGGUGGCGUCAGCAGCAGCAGCUCGGAACGCGGCGAGAAGCCCACGACGGAGAUAUCGGUCGUCCGGGUACCUGACCACCUUGUCACCAGCGUUAGCUCCCCGCGACCCGACGAUCUGCCGAUCAAGAGCCUCGUUGACCACUUACCAGUGCCUACGCCGUCGCGCGAGGCCUCACUUACCCAGAAACUUGAAAUGGCUCUGGGCUCGGUGUGUCCGCUGUUGCGCGAAAUCAUGAUUGACUUUGCACCGUUUCUCUCCAAGACCCUUGUUGGAUCGCACGGACAGGAGCUGCUCAUGGAGGGCAAAGGCCUGACGACCUUCAAGAACAGCAACUCCGUCGUCGAGCUGGUGAUGCUGUUGUGCUCGCAAGAGUGGCAGAACUCCCUGCAAAAGCACGCCGGUCUCGCCUUCAUUGAGCUUAUCAACGAGGGAAGACUACUGUCUCACGCGAUGAAAGAUCACAUAGUUCGCGUGGCCAACGAAGCCGAGUUCAUCCUGAACCGCAUGCGUGCGGAUGACGUGCUCAAGCACGCCGACUUUGAGUCUCAGUGCGCUCAAACGUUGCUGGAUCGUCGGGAAGAGGAGCGCACGUGCGACCACUUGAUCACAGCGUCCAGAAGGCGGGACAAUGUCAUUGCCAGCAGACUUCUCGAGAAGAUCCGCAACAUUUUGUCUAACAAGCACGGAGCUUGGGGCUACAUGGAUCCCAUGGCUGCAAAGUGAAAAGAAAUCAACUCACUGUCCGAGUACUGGAAGCUCGACACCUGGGAGGACGACGCACGAAGGCGCAAGCGCUUCGUGCACAACCCGCUGGGCUCCAGUCACCCCGAGGCCACUCUGAAGGCUGCCCUGGAACACGGGGCGCCGGAGGACGCCAUACUCCAGGCGCGCGAAGAGUUCCACGCCCACCUCGCCAGCAGCCGAGCGGGCCACCAGCAGCAGCAGCUCCAGUCCACGGAUCUCAUGGACGACAGCGAACUCCUCACCGACGACAGGGACCUUGACAGCGAUCUCGCCAGCCCAGUCAAUAUGAGCACAAAGGGAAAGCUUAUAGCUCCGGGCAUCGUGGCUCCUGGUAUAAUCUCGGUCACUGCGGCAGAGCUGUACUUCGAGGUAGACGAGGACGACCCAGAGUUCAAGAAGAUCGACUCUGAGGUUUUAAAGUACUGCGAUCACCUUCAUGGCAAGUGGUACUUCUCGGAAGUUCGUGCGAUCUUUUCACGGCGAUACCUAUUGCAGAACAUAGCUAUCGAGAUCUUCCUUGCCAGUCGAACCUCGAUCUUCUUCGUUUUCCCGGAUCAGGCAACUGUGAAGAAGGUGAUCAAGGCCUUGCCGCGAGUUGGCGUCGGCAUCAAAUACGGAAUUCCACAGACAAGGAGAGUUUCCAUGAUGUCACCCCGUCAGCUAAUGAGAAACUCUAAUAUGACCCAAAAAUGGCAGCGUCGGGAAAUCAAUAACUUCGAGUACAUCAUGUUUCUGAACACAAUAGCAGGGCGAACUUACAAUGACCUCAAUCAGUAUCCAGUGUUUCCAUGGGUACUAACAAAUUACGAAACAAAAGAGCUCGAUUUGAGCUUGCCCAGCAACUAUCGUGAUCUGUCAAAGCCAAUUGGAGCCAUAAACCCAAGCAGAAGAGCUUACUUCGAAGAACGAUUCCAAAGCUGGGAGCACGAUAGCAUUCCACCGUUUCAUUAUGGAACACACUAUUCCACAGCAGCUUUCGUUCUCAAUUGGCUCAUACGAGUGGAACCCAUGACAACCAUGUUCUUAGCUCUGCAAGGUGGUAAAUUUGAUCAUCCAAACAGACUGUUUUCAUCCAUCGCAUUAUCAUGGAAAAACUGCCAGCGAGACACCUCAGACGUCAAGGAAUUGAUACCGGAGUUCUUCUUCCUGCCAGAGAUGUUUGUCAACACGAAUCGAUAUCGGCUCGGAAAGCAAGAUGAUGGCAGUUGCGUUGGUGAUGUUGAGCUCCCACCUUGGGCUUCCUCUCCCGAGGAGUUUAUCCGAAUCAAUCGAAUGGCUUUGGAAUCCGAGUUUGUCUCCUGCCAAUUGCAUCAGUGGAUAGACCUCAUAUUUGGCUACAAACAGAAAGGUCCCGAAGCAGUGCGAGCGACAAACGUGUUUUACUACCUCACGUACGAGGGUAGCGUUGACCUGGAGUCGAUUACCGAUCUCAUGAUGAAGGAGGCCAUUGAAAAUCAGAUAAGAAAUUUCGGUCAGACACCCUCACAGCUUCUCAUGGAACCCCACCCACCUAGAAGUUCUGCGAUGCAUUUGUCACCAAUGAUGUUCUCGAGCAUUCCCGAAGACGUGUGCAUGACUCUAAAGUUCCUGUCGAACUCCCCCAUCUGCCACAUAUCCGCCAACACAUAUCCGCAGCUGCCUUUGCCCUCCGUUGUUACUGUUACAAUAAAUCAGCAGUUCGCGGUCAACCGAUGGAACACCAACUACGCAGCAUCCGUGCAAUCGCCAAGUUACGCCGAUACUCCACAGGCUCAAGCGGCCAACCAACCUCUUUCCAUGGACCCCAUUUUAUCUCAAACGUCGAACAGCUCGAACCCUGCGUUAAAACGCCACCUGGGGGACAACUUCAGUCAAAAGCUCAAAAUCCGAAGCAACUGCUUCGUAACUACGGUCGACAGCCGGUUCCUCGUUGCCUGUGGCUUUUGGGACAACAGUUUUCGAGUUUUUUCCACCGAAACAGCAAAAAUCGUCCAGAUCGUGUUCGGGCACUACGGCGUGGUGACGUGCCUAUCCCGCAGCGAGUGCAACAUCACCUCGGACUGCUACAUAGCCUCCGGCAGUGCUGAUUGCACGGUGCUGCUCUGGCACUGGAACGCCCGGACACAGAUGAUAGUCGGGGAGGGCGAGGUACCCGCGCCUCGCGCCACCCUUACCGGUCACGAGCAGCCGGUCACUGCCGUCGUCAUCUCGGCGGAACUGGGUCUCGUCGUCUCGGGAUCUUACUGUGGACCGGUUUUGGUGCACACGACGUUUGGCGAUUUGCUGAGAUCGCUGGAACCACCGGCUGGAUUCUCGUCGCCGGAAAACAUUGCCAUGUCGAGAGAAGGCGUCAUCGUAGCAAAUUACGAGCGUGGACACAUUGCUGCCUUCACGAUCAAUGGCAAACGCCUUCGCUUCGAGUCGCACAACGACAAUUUACAAUGCUUACUCCUGAGUCGCGACGGGGAAUAUUUGAUGACCGGAGGUGAUAAAGGUAUCGUCGAAGUUUGGAGAACGUUCAACCUGGCGUUGCUGUAUGCAUUCCCAGCUUGCGAAAGCAGCGUCCGGUCAUUGGCACUUUCCCACGAUCAACGAUUCCUGCUUGCUGGUCUUGCAAACGGUUCCAUUGUCAUUUUUCACAUCGACUUCAACCGCUGGCACCACGAAUUCCAACAGCGUUAUUGAAAUUUCUUGAUGGAUUUCAUGGAACGAAGAUACGUCAGAAAGCGUAGAUGUUACCGUCACAUUUUUGUACAGUAAGACAGACUAUUCAAAAAUCGUUCAAAAACUAUAACAUUCAGAAUCAUGCCGAGAAUUUAUCUUUUAUGCUAAUAGCUUAAACGACUUAAUGGGCCAUCGCAUUAGCUAUAGAAACCGAUGCAAUGUAUCCGUGCUAUAAAAGAUUUUUAGUACGACUAACGCCAAAUAUGUGUUAAAAAAAAAAAAAAAAAAAAAAAAAACA